AUGGAUUCCAUAGUAAACUUGAUCCUGAACCGGUCCGUAGUGACCGUUGAGCAUAUCAAGAUCACUAAGGCAACACCAGACACACUCACAAUGUCACUCGUCAACCGUGUAACAGGCACCGGCCCGAUGGGCGCAACAAUGUCCCCAAUGGGCGUCGACAUGGUGUUCAACGACCAGCCGUGGGGCAAGCUCCAGCUGCCCGAGGUGAACACCAAGUCGGGCGGCACGGACGUGGUCGUGCAGGAGCAGGAGGUCAAGAUCACGAACCAGGAGUCCUUCCGCGCGUUCGUCAAGGCGCUGAUGCUGGACGACGAGCUCGUCCUGGUGCUGGAUAACGGCGACUGCCACAUCACCGCCAAGGUCAUGGGCUGGCCGCUCAAGAGCAACGUGACGUACAAGAAGCGGCUGGUCAUCAAGGGCAUGAAGGGCCCCAGGCUCAACCUCGUCGACACCACGGCCGAUCAGAACGUCAUGAAGGUGCACAACCCCAGCCCGCUCGAGAUCGACCACGGCGUGAGCAUGUUCGACAUCGUCGACGGUGAUGGGCAGGUGGUGGCCGAAGAGAAGGGCCAGCUGACCAUCGUGAGGGGUGAUUUCGACAGCACCCUGGGCAUCACGUUUAAGUCUGGGAAGAAGCUCACACCGGGCUCAAAGCUGAGGCUUGUGGGCAAGGGGACGGAGAAGGACUCGUGGAUGAAUGACACGUUGAAGUACAUCAACUCAGAGUUCGAGGCCAACGAGAAAUUUUCCUCGUUCCUCACGGGCUAG